AGUGAAUAAAAGUGAAAAUAAUUAGAAACUUUACUUAAUAUAGUGUAGUGCAAUUUUGUCUGCCUUUAAAAUGGAAGUUUUUCAAACUGAUAAUUAUUACAUUUUCGUGAAACGCGAAAAAAGUUUGUGGUGGCAUCGAAAAACCUCUGAGUUUACUAUUAAAGCAGUUAAUUAUUUAUUUUUAGGUUGGGACUUGUCCUCAGUGGAUGACAUCGAAUGUAUUGGUAUUACACAUGGCAUUGUGGGUGUCAUCUGCUUACCAAAUGUCUACGAACCGCACUUAGUGAUAGUGAAGGAGGCCACUCCCGUCGGUGUACUUUAUGCUCCGAGUUUAGUGUAUAAAAUCAAAUCGAUCUGCAUUUUGAAUGCCGACGAACCGGACACAGUAUUGACCUCCUGCACAAGGCACUCUAGAAGCGCCAAUAGCACGCCCACACACCGGCCAACAUCGAACACUUCCACUACAGGCAGCACCAACAAAACCCCUACUUCCACCACGAAAACGAAGCUUUUUGAAGGUGCACAGCUGAUGAACAAAACAUGGGGCGCUGUAAAGAAUGCGGGUAACACUAUUAAGAAUACCACCCAACAAGCUGCUGCUUUGGCAUCUAAUCAGAUGAAAUCUUCUGUGGGUAUACGCGAUCCUUCGCGUAUUGAAAAGCGCAUCACGGAAGAGCUGCAUAAGAUAUUUGAUGAUACAGAUAGUUUCUACUUCAGUUUGGACAGCGACAUUACCAAUAAUUUGCAGCGGCAAGAUGGUGGCGGUGAACAAAGGCAACAAUAUGAUGAACGUUUCUUUUGGAAUAUGCAUAUGAUUGCUGACAUUUUAAAGUUCAAAGACAAUACAUGGGUAUUACCAAUUAUACAAGGAUUCGUGCAAGUAGAACCAUGCGUUAUAGGAAAUGAAUGCUUUACAUUGGCGUUAGUAUCGCGCCGGUCACGAUAUCGCGCUGGCACUAGAUAUAAGCGACGUGGCGUGGACGAGGAGGGUAAUUGCGCCAAUUAUGUCGAAACGGAGCAAAUAUUAUCUUUCCGUCACCAUCAUUUGUCAUUCACACAGGUACGUGGUUCAGUGCCCAUCUUUUGGAGUCAGCCAGGUUACAAAUAUCGACCUCCGCCACGUUUGGACAGGGGUGAACAAGAAACGCAGGGGGCAUUCGAAUUGCAUUUUACCAAAGAAAUAUCGUUGUAUGAUGGUGUUUGCAUUGUCAAUUUGGUUGAGCAGAGCGGCAAGGAGAAAUUGAUUGGCGACACGUAUGCAAAGCAUGUUGUGCUUUACAAUAAUGAUCGUUUAACAUAUGUUACUUUUGAUUUCCACGAUUACUGUCGCGGCAUGCGUUUCGAAAAUGUUUCUGCACUGGUGGAGGCGCUUGCUCCUGAAGCAGGCGCUAUGGGCUUUCAUUGGCGUGAUCAGCGUGGUAUUAUUUGUAAUCAAAAAUCAGUAUUUCGGGUUAAUUGUAUGGAUUGUUUGGAUCGCACAAAUGUAGUAGAGACUGCAAUAGGCAAAGCUGUGCUGGAGUCGCAGCUGGUUAAGCUCGGCUUAUCGCCACCAUAUACACCGAUACCGGAACAACUAAAAUCACCAUUUAUGAUACUUUGGGCCAACAAUGGUGAUAUAAUAAGCCGACAAUAUGCGGGCACAAAUGCGCUAAAGGGCGAUUAUACCCGCACCGGCGAGCGUAAAAUAAGUGGCAUGAUGAAGGACGGUAUGAAUUCGGCAAAUCGUUAUUAUCUCGCGCGUUUUAAAGAUUCUUAUCGUCAAGCCACCAUCGAUCUCAUGCUCGGAAAUCAAGUUUCUGCCGAGUCAUUGAAUGCGUUGGGCGGUCAGGCUGUACCUGAUGAAACCGAUGCUCUAGAGGGUGCAGAACAAGCAAAAUUGCUCGUAGAUGAUUGUCGUCGUUUGCUGCUCGGUUCAGCGCAAUAUCCCGUGGGUUCUUGGGGUCUAAUCGACGCUGAUCCAACUACUGGUGACCUAAAUGAAACCGAUGUGGAUACUGUGUUGUUGCUCACCGAUGAUUGCUACAUUGUAGCCGAAUAUGAUUCACAUUUGGAUAAGAUCGUACGUUUCGAAAAAGUGCCGUUACAGAAUAUUGCGCUAAUAGAGAUGGGCAUGUAUCAACAAACCAAAUUGUUUCAAGGAUCUGCGCCAGCUCUGCUCUGUUUGCGGCUCAACUAUACUGUCGAUGGAGUGGACGGAUAUUUCCACAUGUUUCGCUCUGCGAAUAUACGAUUCUUCAAUAAUAUGGUUUAUGUGAUUAAAACGCAGGAAGAAGUUAUGGAAUCCCUUAUGUCCAUUGUUGAUAUGUUCCGCAUUGCCAUUGACAAUAUAGGCAAGUCUGAUGUGCGAUAUAUCACUGGAGGUGUUUUGCAGCGCCGUAAAAGUAGAAAUCCAAUGCUAGAAGUACCAAAGGGCAUGCCGCGCAAUCGCUCCGAAUCUCAACUGGUACAAAUCAGUUCGAAAGCAAUAUUUAAUGUGGCCGGUCAAUUUUCCAAGUUGGGGCAGUCAUUUAAUCCGAAUAAAAACAGAAAUUCCAACGCAAACAGCAACAAUCAGAAACAGGCUAAUGAAAUAGCCAAAAUAAAUCCACAGGUCAUGCGUCAGUCACAAACUUCAAUAGAACAUGCUGUGGAAGCUGAGAAAGCUACAUUUUCUGUGGGACGUGCGCAGCGCAAUUCUCACAGCAGCACAGAUAGCGAUGAGAACGACAGCAGUAUUUAUGAGCCCGAAGUUGAUUCGGAUGUAGACUUCGCACUCGCUGCAACUACCAAGGCUGCUUCCGGAAAGUCGGGUUUUAAUGAAAACGACUUUUUGCCCUCUGUUGGCAUUGUCAUGGGAAAUACACAAGAUGGCGAACAGUCGCCUGCGUCGGACGAGAACGUAGAUCGGUUAGUGCAGAGGGAUAGCAUGGCCAAAAAUACUGAAGAUGUCAACGCCAUUUCGAUAUCGUCGGUAACCGAUCACGUUACCAUGCCAACGGGAUUGUUGGAGAAUGCGCAACCGGUGCGUCCGAUAACGCCAAAUCCGCAAAUCUGUGUACAACCUGAAGUGGGGGAGCAGCCAACGGUGCAACGUGCCAGCUACGAGGAUGUCGUUACUGCUAGGCUAGAAGGCAAUAGCGUAGAACUCUGGCUUGUCUUGGUGUAUGCGCCGCAUGUCGACGAUGUGGAACCACCUCCGGAUCUGCUGAAAAGAGCUCUGGCAGGGACCAAGCGAAGACGAGCGGGCGUAAUAAUCGGAACGGAUGCCAACUCUAAGCACACUGUCUGGGGAAGCUCGAACACAAAUGCAAUAGAUAUACAAAUAAAGGCUUUGGCACAGGCAGUUCGGCACCGGUAGGAUGGGUCUCUUGGCCGAAGACAAGUUUGGAUACUGGGUAGUGAGUUUGGACUUUGUUUUAAUGCCUUUUGUAUUAGUCAAACAAAAUUAAUCAUUCACAUGAUCCGUUUUUAUUUUCGAAGCGAAAUUUCGGCGGAAUGAACGUUUUUGAGUUAUGAGAAAUUUUCUCUACGAAUAAAGCAGUUUUGUUCAAUCUAAACGAAUAGCCAUGAUGACAGCGAUUCUCCAAGACUUUUUUCCCUUCUUAACUUCCAACAGUGAAAAAAACUGGACUUUAAUUUGCUAAAAAUAUGGUUUCUUAACUUAACGCUUUUCGCUUUUAAAGUUAAAAAAAUCAUAAAAAUCUGCUAAACGGAAGAAUAAUAAUAACGGCCUUAUAGUUGCAACACGUAUUUUAUAUAUAUUUUCUUUCUCAAUUUCUCAAGCGGUACAGUCACGUUUUCAAAGUACUAGAGUUGUCAAUACUCAAGUUUCAAAAAAAAACUUUCUUCAAAAUAUUUAUACGUUAGACUUAACAGUAAUUUUUGAUAGGUCUUAUAAUGUAGUAACAUAGCGUAGUUUUUGGGGAAUAACAUUGAUGAGGUACAUACAAAAUGUAAAUCAUUAUGUUUAUCAAAAUAAUUAGUAUACCUCCGUCGGCCCGUAUUUUUACAAACUUCCUCUGUACCAAACUGCCACUGUAAGAAAGGGCUUCUUCGGCUUAAAGUCUUUUAAAAGAAGCGUAGCUCUAAUAAAUUUCCAGCUGUCGUGUUGACAUCAGAAAAAUAUCAGAGGAUAUCAAAGUCUCGUGAGGAUCGACUCCACCGAUUUUGGUUAAUGUUUUGAAUGUGAAACGUGUCACUGCUAGACUAAGAUUUAUGAAUAUGACGUCGAACUGUACAACAAUCUAAUGAUGGCUAUUCAGAAAUGAGCCGAAACCGAAAAACCAAAAUUCGCUAUAUUCACUGAAGGCCAGCCGAAGCUUCUAGCAAGUGUAUGCAUUGACUUAAAGCAUAUUUUGAGGGCGAUAAUAAAUUUAUGUAUUGAAACACAUGAAAAUGCCGUUUUUUUUGAACCUGUCCGGGUCAAAUUUGAUCAUAUGAUAUAAUAUAAAUGCAAUCCAAAGAUGGAGAUCUUCACAGAUGGUAUAGAAGGAGAAGGAAGGAAAAUAUUUUUGCGAUAUUUUAUAAGCUAGAAUAAGCUAACAUGAUUCAAAAUGGCUUAUGAGAAGUGGAUGUCGUUGUAGCCAGAUCUUUUCCAUUUUUAUACUGUGUUAAGAUGAUAUAUUGACAACAUCCGAACGAAGUUAAGUUCGAAUCUAUUUAGUAGCCUGUGGGACAUGAAAUUUCCCCUAAAAGUGGGUGGUGCAACGUCUGCUGUUCAGUUUUAAAAUUGAUCCAUUUAUGUAAGUAGAAUAUUUCUUUUAAGAGUUAAAUAUGGAUU